CUGCGGCCCCUCAAGCGUUUCGUGUCGUCUGAGGUCGAAUCCGUCGACGCCUCGUUGCAGAACAGCCUCAAGGAGGUGCACUCGAUCGAAGCCCACAUCAACAGCCUCACCGCCGCCCAGGUCUCUCCCAUUGACGACGUCACGCACGCAACAGCCCAGCCAGCUGCAGUCUCGGCUGAAGCCGCCGAAUCCUACCUGCUCUUCAAACAUCGGGGUACCCAGAUUGGGGCCGUCGGUUCCAUUGUUGCCCCCCAUUACCAACCCCAUACCCUCCUAAGCAACCCGCCCUCCCCGGCCGAUGUCACUCUCGAGCUCCUCCUUGCGUCUGAAGCCCAUCAGGGCCAUGCCACGGCUCUCUGGAAUCCCGCCAAUGCUCGCUACAUUCACGGUAUCCGCCAGGGCACUCACAUCAUAUCCCUGGACCAGACUGCCGCCCACCUGCGACGGGCUGCCAAGAUUGUGACAGAGGUUGCAAGGCGUGGUGGUCUCAUACUCUUCGUCGGGACGCGUGCCGGUCAAGACCGCUGCGUUGUCAAGGCUGCACAGCUCGCACAAGGCUGCCACUUGUUCGAGAGAUGGAUCCCGGGCAGCAUCACCAACGGACAGCAGAUCCUCGGGAAGUGUCGUACCAAGGUAGUGAACGAGAAGGACCAGGAGGUGCCAGGCUUCGAAGACCAGCUUUACGAUCGUUCCGUGCUCAAGCCGGAUCUAGUCGUGUGCUUGAACCCCAUGGAGAACUACGUACUUUUGCGCGAAUGCGGUGACCACUCCAUCCCAACAAUUGGCGUCAUCGACACCGACGCUGACCCUACGUGGGUCACCUACCCAAUUCCUGCAAACGAUGAUAGUUUGCGAUGCAUCCAAGUCAUUUGCGGCGUUCUCGGUCGCGCUGGCGAACAAGGCCAAAAGUUCCGUCGAAAGGCAGCGGAAAGCGGCAUAGUAACCUAUGCUCCAGCUUCCGACUUG